AUGAAACCCUCCAAGGCAUCCCAGCACUACAGAAGCAUCCGACGCAAUGCCAGCCAAUGCUAUCUCUACCAGGAGUCCCUGCUACUCAGCAACUUGGAAGACAGCUUCAAUGCUGCUGAAACAGGGGACAGCAGUGACCCGGAACAAAUUUUCCAGAAUAUACAGUUCCAGAAGGAUCUCGUGGCAAACAUUCGCUGUCGACCCUGGACCAUGGGACAGAAGCUGAAGGCACUGAGACGAGCCAAGCAGAUUGUGCUGAAGUUUGAAGGGAGGCUGACCAGAACCCGAGGCUACCAAGCAGCAGGUGCAGAGCUCUGGAGGAAAUUUGCCCGCCUUGCCUGCAACUUCAUGGUCAUCUUCAUUCCCUGGGAAAUGAGGAUAAAGAAAAUCGAAAGUCAUUUUGGUUCAGGCGUGGCCUCCUAUUUCAUAUUCCUGAGAUGGCUAUUUGGGAUUAAUAUCGUGCUCACAAUCAUGACAGGGGCUUUUAUUGUCAUCCCCGAGCUGAUAGCGGGCCAGCCAUUCGGAAGCACGGCCAGCAAGAGCAUCCCGGGAGAGCUCCUGGCAUCGGCCCAAGACCUGGACACCGUCUGGUCCCUGGGGGGCUAUCUGCAAUAUUCAGUCCUCUUCUACGGCUACUACGGCAGGGAGAGGCGGAUCGGGAGAGCAGGCUACCGGCUGCCCUUGGCCUACUUCCUGGUGGGCAUGGCAGUGUUCGCCUACAGCUUCAUCAUCCUCUUGAAAAAGAUGGCCAAGAACUCUCGCACCAGCCUUGCCAGCGCCUCCCAUGAAAACUACGCUUUCUGCUGGCGAGUGUUUUGUGCCUGGGAUUACCUCAUUGGGAACCCCGAGGCUGCAGAGAGCAAAACAGCUGCCAUUGUGAACAGCAUCAGGGAGGCGAUACUGGAAGAACAGGAGAAAAAGAAGAACAAAAGCCUGGCAGUGACCAUCUGUCUGCGGAUUGUGGCCAACGUCCUGGUGCUUCUCUCACUGGCUGGGAGCAUCUACCUCAUCUACUUCGUGGUGGACCGCUCGCAGAAACUAGAACAAUCCAAGAAGGAGCUGACGCUCUGGGAGAAGAAUGAGGUGAGUGUGGUAGUCUCCUUGGUCACCAUGUUAGCACCAUCAGCCUUUGACCUCAUCGCCGCCCUUGAGAUGUACCACCCCCGGACAACGUUGCGCUUCCAGCUGGCAAGGGUCCUUGUGCUGUAUCUGGGGAAUCUCUACAGUCUCAUCAUCGCCCUCCUGGACAAAGUGAACAGCAUGAGCAUUGAGGAAACGGCUACCAAAAAUAACACAAGCUAUUGGACAGAUCCUGCCACCUUCUUUGCCACCAGGACAGGUCCCGAAGAAGGGAGCUGGGCCACACUUCAGCCUGGAAUAGCACCUGGGAGAAAUAGUACCUGGGCCUUAGAAGACACCAGCAUGCUUACCUCCACCACACCACUCACCAAGGCCAACAAGACCACUCUGCCUCCCCAGAGUCUGCAAGGCCAGUGCUGGGAAACAUAUGUGGGUCAGGAGAUGCUGAAACUGUCCAUCAUUGACAUGCUCUUCACCGUGGCCAGCAUCCUGCUCAUAGACUUCUUCCGGGGACUUUUUGUUCGGUAUCUAAGUGACUACUGGUGCUGGGAUCUGGAGAGCAAGUUCCCUGAGUAUGGGGAAUUCAAGAUAGCAGAGAAUGUGCUGCACCUAGUUUACAACCAGGGAAUGAUUUGGAUGGGCGCCUUUUUCUCGCCUUGUCUCCCGGCCUUCAAUGUUCUGAAGCUCAUUGGGCUCAUGUAUCUGCGGAGCUGGGCCGUGCUGACCUGCAACGUGCCCCACCAGCAAGUCUUCCGGGCAUCCAGGUCCAACAACUUCUACCUGGCCAUGCUUUUAUUCAUGCUGUUCCUGUGCAUGCUGCCCACCAUUUUUGCCAUUGUCCGGUACAAACCCUCUCUGAACUGUGGGCCCUUCAGCGGGCAAGAGAAAAUUUACGACAUUGUCUCAGAAACUAUUGAGAACGACUUUCCUGCAUGGUUUGGCUCUGUGUUUGGCUACAUCAGCAGCCCUGUGGUCAUCCUGCCUGCUGUGUUGCUUCUCGUCAUGCUCAUCUACUACCUUCAGAGCAUCGCACGGUCACUUCGGCUCAGCAACCAGCAGCUCAGAAUGCAGAUCCAAAACGCGAGAUCUGAAGAUAAGAAAAAGGUUGCCCAAAUGGUAGAAGCUCCUGCUGUGAAGUCUCUGUCUGCUGAAAGCCACAGCCGCCUUCAGGCUCAUAUAUCUGUUUUCACAGGUCCUCUCCCUCUGCCCACAGCCCGAAUCCAGACCCAGGAGGAAAGCACCAAGAGGCUUCCCAAGGAAAACGACCUUGUCAGCCCUGCAACACCCCAAAAUAACGGCACUGUGCUCAAUUUUGAUUCCCUGAGCAGUAAGAGUAGCCGAAUAGAGACAGUCACCCAAGUCCUGCCCCAGAGCCCCAGGUUAAGGCAGAGGGGUCCCUACUCACCUCCUCCUGGAGUUGCCAAGUCCAGGCCAGAGCUGGAUACCAACAGGUACGCACACAGCCCAACUGCAAGCACAGGCGACCUGUACAGGGGCGGGUCCUACACACCCAGGACGCUGACAAAGCACAUCGAAGAUAUUCGCUCAGCACCGCUUUCCCGAAAAGACUUCCAGCCCACCAGCCCUCCCACACGUGGCCCAGGAAUCCCGGCCUGGGGAGCAGGUGACCCCCGGCCCCACACCCCAAAAUACUACAUCAUCCACGGGCGUGACUCUCACAAGAAGACUCCUUCCGCUUUCUGGCCAGAAAGACAUUUCAAGAUGAGCGCCUCCGGUGACCUAGUGGAGGUGUACCCCAGAAGCGCACGGCAGUACGUGUCCCGGGUCCUCCACCAGCCCCACUCCCCACCCCUGAGUGAAGAAGAGGACGAGAUACAGAGGAGAGAUCUGAUCGAACGGUCAUUUCCUCCUCGCUCUCUGACUGACCUCCACCGAGUUCCCCACUUUUACAUCGGAGAAAGGUCACGGAGCCAGACACUGGCUCCCGGGCUCCACAAGUCUUGGCACAAUAGCUUUGAGAUUGAACCGGACAGGCACCUGUAUGUGCACAAAAAGUCUCAAUCCCGAAACCUCCCACACCCUCCGCAGCCUCCGAAACACAGAGGCAAGCCCAGAACGGAGCCAUCCUUGACGGAGUCCGACUCCAUGUCUGCCGCGUCCAGUAGUGACCAGCAGAACAGCGGCACUGACCAGUACCUGCAGAUCUUCCACAGCCAGGCCAAGUUUCCCCGGUCUCCAGGCCCCCCAGGCAGGAGGAAGGCCAAGUCCAGGCAAGAGCUGACCACAGACCUGAUUUGUUCCAAUGUCUGAGACUUCUGAGUUCCUAUUUCUAGAGCUCAGGUGGUUCCUAUUGGAGAUCCAGGCCUCUCUUCCUUUCCAAAAAGAGAAAGUUGGGUCAGG